AUGGAGGUACUGAAAGGUCAAAGGAAAUUAUAUAACGAAGAUGACAACGGCGUCGUCGACAAAAACAACAACAAUGACGUCAUCCACAACAACAACAACAACAGCAGCAGCAGCAGCAACAACAACAACAACAACAAUAACAACAACAACAACAACUUAAAAACUAGCAACUUCGUCCCAUCAAAAAAUAUUCAAGAUGAAAAAUUAAACAAGACCAAUGAUGCGAAAGAUUUUGAUAAAAAUUUGAAGUUUUUAAGACAAAUUUCCUCUGAAAGAAGAAUGAGUCUACCGGAAAUUGAACAAAUUCGAAACAUUGAAAAAUUUGCGAAGAAAAGUUUUGUGGCUGCUGUUAAAAGUAACGACACUUCCCCUCCCGACGACCAGCCACACCAACGACAACACCAAAAACAGCAGCUGCAGCAGCAGUACAAUGUUAAGAAAUAUGCCAACCAAGCGGCAACCACAAACGAUGAGUAUCACAUUGCAACAUCAACACCACACGAACAAAAAUUUCUACAAGGUCAACAUCAACAUCAUCAACAACAACAAUUCAUCACCUCCAAACAACAACAGCCACACAACAACUACCAAAACACUCCGCAAGUCCUAACGUACAACGUCGGCAAUAGAGAUAGAGAGAUAUCCAACUUCAUCGAGAAGAUCAACCACAUACAGAAAUCCUACGAGAUUCAACUGCUCACUCUCUUUGAAACUCAUUCAAAAAUGAUUCGCUCCGAGGUCGACUCCAUACUCACUGAGCUGAACAAACCAACUCACAAGAACGUCGGUGAAGGUGUCGUGUACCACGUGGACCGGAAGUGGGGCAUCAUUGACCUGGGCAACCACGAUCACGUCUUCUUCGAUCUUUCCAUAAUGCUGGGUAGCGUCGAUGACCUAAGGAACCACUUCCAAGUCGGAGAGAUUCUCGGAUUUGAAGCUCUGAAGGCUCAAAAGCCAAGCAGAGCGAACUGGAAAGCAACAUCCGUUUGGAAAGUUGAUAAAUCCUCCUCGUCUUCCUCCUCCUCAACUUCUACACAGCCGCAACUGCAUCCAAUUAAUGGCUUUCGUGCAAAGAAAGCCUACCUCAAUGAUUUUACGAGAUCACCGAGCCCUGCAUUGGUGGAAACAGAAGGAGGAGGGGGCGGAGCUAUAAUAAAACACAGCCAAUCACACGGCAGGAUUGCACAACCAUCGGAUUGCGGGUCAUCCGAUAAUUCCCCGGUCACCAGCAACUGGAGGAAGAAGCAGGCCAAUCCUUUUUCAAGAUUAAUGAAGAAGGAGAUGUCUCAUCUAGCCACACCCAAUCCAAAUGUUCCCAUCCACCCAGACAGCAGCAGCAACAGCAGUCAUAAUAACAUUAAACUAGCAAACCAGGACAUAUUUUUGAAAUACAAGAAGCAGCAGAGCAACACAACUAACAACGCGUACGCGUACAACUUCAUGCACGGAGGCAGCAACCACUACGGCCACAGCAACCACACUUCAUCGUCUCUGGCACCGGUCUUUAAUAAGAAUAUUUUCAAUCUGAACCACAAGACGGAAGAGGUAAAAUUACUACCGAAUAGAUUCUUACUUCCGCCAGAAGUUAAAAAACCAUCCAACGAUCUUCCAGCUUUUGUUGCAAAAUCUCUCGUCAACCCUCAUAAAAAUGUUAAAGCAGUAGAAACUGCAGCAGUUACCACUGCUACUGCUAUUAAAGCAACGACAGCAGCUGUAAAACCAGCAACAAAAACUUCAGUUGAAUGCAAAUCAUCAAUCAGUGCAUUGUUGAUGUCAUCUGGCUCUCUACUUCCUUCUUACCUUUCCGGAUCCAACUCCCCUAUGUCUUCAUUCUCACCAACGUCUUCACCAUCAACGUCGCCAUCAUCACCACUUUCCUUUGUGGCCACAACUUUGACGACCACGUCGCCCACUAUGAUGACGUCAACAACAGGAACAGGAAAUGCCGAUCAACAAACAUUCAGCAAUAGAAUUCAAACUGAAUAA